CAGCACAUUCUCCUUGGCGGGAGCACUCACUUUCCCCUCCGCCUGCUGGGCUGCAUCUCUUUUUCUCCUCCGUCUUUUUACUCUCUGUCUCUCCGCUCUCUUUGCUUUCACUCUUCCUCUCUCUUUUUUAAGUGCUCAUUUCUUUUCUCCUUUGCCCUCCACACACAGGCACACAUGCUUUCCCUGACUGUGUAGCGCUUGGUCACACAGAUGUUAUUCUUUACGCAGUAACAGGUAGACAUCAUCUUUGUGCUGCUGAGCGGAGACCAGGAGAGGGACCGGCGUUUUGGCUUUUUAUCUUUCUUUUUUUUUCUUUUUUCUUUUGUAUAUGUGCGAAGUAAACUGUGAGAGAAGAAGCACAGGUGGAGGAGAAGGAGGAGCAGAGGGGGAUAAGAGGGUCUUAGCUUCACCCCCUCUAAUGCUCCACUUGACACCAUGCUGCUCUGUGUGGAUUUGGUCCUCAGGGGAAAAUCCUUAAAAUGAUGGAAGACAACAAACAGCUGGCACAGAGGAUUGAUGGGGCCAUCCAGUCCGCCAGUCAGGAAGUGACCAAUCUCCGCUCCGAGCUCUCUGCUACCAGCCGCAGACUGGCAGAGCUGGGUGCCAGCAGCCCCCCUGCCUUGGAGAACCACCACCAGCACAACCACCACGAUGACAGCCUCCACUACCGGGAUCCAUCAGUGCAUCACAGACAGAAGACAGUGGUGACAGACAUGUGCUACCCGACAGAGAUAUCCAGCCUGAUGGACUUUGGCACUCCAGACUGCUCGCUAGGCAAAGUGUUGUUGCGUGAGGAGGUGGCCCAGCUUCAAGAGGAGGUCCACCUGCUCAGGCAAAUGAAGGACAUGUUGAGUAAGGACCUGGAGGACACCCAGGGAGGCUGCUCUGCCAAUCUGCUCUCAGCCACCGAGCUCCGUGUGCAGCUGGGUGACAAGGAGCAGGAGCUGGACCGUGCCAAGGAGGCCUUACAAGCUAUGAAAGCUGACCGGAAGCGUCUAAAAGUGGAGAAGGCGGACUUGGCGAGUCAGAUGCAGCAGCUGUACACAACACUGGAGAGCAGAGAGGAGCAGCUGCGAGAAUUCAUACGCAACUAUGACCAGCAUCGAAAGGAGAGUGAGGAUGCAGUAAAGGCCCUGGCGAAGGAGAAGGACAUGCUGGAGAGGGAGAAGUGGGACCUGAGGAGGCAGACCAAAGAAGCCACGGAGCAGGCCAAUAUCCUGCGUUCUCAGAUGGAUAUGAAGGAGAACAGGAUCAAAGAACUGGAGGCAGAGCUCACCAUGGCAAAGCAGUCUCUGGCCACCCUGACAAAAGACGUACCGAAGCGCCACUCGUUAGCCAUGCCGACAGAGCCCGUGGUGAACGGCAGUCAGGAGUGGGUGAUGCAGGCCGACCUGCCGCUCACUGCCGCCAUCCGUCAGAGCCAACAGACCCUCUACCACGGACACACCACAGACAGACAGGCUGUGGUCAGGAUCAGCCCCUGUCACUCUCGCCAGCCCUCUGUCAUCUCUGAUGCCUCGGCGGCCGACGGGGACCGCUCGUCCACGCCCAGCGACAUCAACUCACCUCGUCACCGGACCCACUCCCUCUGCAAUUCCAUGGAGGACCUGGAGGACCAGAAGCGUAAGAAGAAGAAGGAGAAGAUGACUCUGGGAUCCCUGUCACGGGUGUUCGCUCGGGGCAAGCAGCGCAAGUCACUGGACCCCGGCCUGUUUGAUGACUCUGACAGCCUCACACAGCAGAGCCUGUCUGACGGAGAGGAGCAGCUGGACCGCCUCCAGCAGGCGGAACUCACACGAAACACAUGCAUGUCGCUGUGGAGGGCAGGUGCAGUCCAGGCCUGGAUGGAGGUUGUUAUGGGAAUGCCCAUGUAUAUCCGGGCCUGCUCUGAAAACGUCAAAAGUGGCAAGGUGCUACUAGGCCUGACAGAUGAUGAUUUAGAGCUGGGUCUGGGUAUCAGUAACCCGAUUCAUCGCAGGAAGCUGAGACUGGCCAUUGAGGACUACAGAAGAGCUGAAGGGGAUCAAGGACUAUCAAAGGCAUCUGAGAUGGACCAUCACUGGGUUGCAACAUCAUGGCUUAGUGAUGUGGGGCUUCCUCAAUACUCCCAAACUUUCCAGAGUCACUUAGUGGACGGACGAGUGCUGAACUCUCUGAGCCGCAGAGACCUGGAGAGAUUCCUCAACAUCGGCGACCAGUUCCACCAGACUAGUCUACUUCUUGCAAUCCAGCUGCUGCAGAUGCUCAGCUUUGAUAAAGAGGCCCUGCAGGCACGACGGGCAAAAUGUGAGCACCAAGACCGGGACCCCAUUGUUUGGACAUGUCACAGAGUAAUGAAGUGGAUUAGAGACAUAGACCUCAAGGAGUUUGCAGAUAAUAUUCAGGGUAAAGGAAUCCAUGGAGCUCUGAUGGCUCUGGAUCCAUCCUUUGACACCGAUGCCAUGGCCAAAGCCCUGGGGAUUCCCAGCAACAAACACAUGCUGCAUCGGCACCUGUAUGAAGAGAUGAAAUCACUUGCUGUCCCUCUCAGCAAUGCAGAGCAAGGCAAUGAGGUUUUCACUUCUUCACCUGUGGCUGUAAACCACUUUGCAGAGGAGAGGAUGUCUAUGAGAAAAAUGGGCAAGAGUCCGCUGAGGUUACGUGCAAACAGCCACUCUGUGGAGCGAACCCUGGGCUUUCAUGGCAGCUGUGGCUCUCUGCCCAGAGAGGCAAGAGUUCAGGCUGUUCCUAGGGCCAAAGGCAGCCCAAUGCACACCUUCAAGAGUGUGGAAAUCACAAACGUCUGAACCAGCCUCCAUCAUUGAAAUGAUUGUUUACAUUGUUAUUGUAUUAUAGUUGUUUACUACUGACAGAAACCUACACUCAGCAUUGCUCGACUUUGAAGAGGAAGUUGUCUUAAAGCAUUUUAACCACUUAAUUUAAUAAUUCAAAUAAUUACCAUUUUGGCCAGCCUAACAAUAAAACAUUGUCUUAAUAGAAACACAAAUAAUUUUUAACCAAAUUGUUUGUUAAUAUAAAGAAGAGGAACAAUUUUGUGGAUACAAAGGUUUUUGUGUUCUUUUUCCAACUAAAUUUCCAAAUUAGUUUUAUAUUAUGAGUUUAUAGAAAAUUAUAGUAAUAUCGAGAGUAACAUGCACAAGUAACUGUACAGUGAUAUUCUACUUUGAUGCCUUACAUGAAAUAGGUCUCAUGUUUAUAUUAUCUUCACAGCACUGUUGUGGACUCUCUCAAUUGUUUUUAACAGGUCAGCUCUUUUUUUCACAUAGUAAAUGAAGAAUAAUGCGUGAGGUAUAGAAAAAAGCCAUUGUUAUAUGCUUUCACGGUAGAGAUACAUAUUCUGAGGAGACCUGACCUGUGUCAUGUCUGGAGACAUGAGUGAAAUGAAUGAGUCUGAGUUUCUGACUCAAAUCAAUUCCUCCACCUCCCCUGGUGCUCUCCAGGUUCCAUUUAAGUUUGUCAUCACAAUUAUUAUUAUCAUACUGUAACAGGUAGUAAAACUUAGUUUAAAACAACAUUAAAAGAUAUGAAAUUCAGACAUGUAGGGGAGAUUAAUUUGUUACAUAUUACCAAGAGGUACAGUUUUUUUUAUGAAACAGCAGAUACUAGAACAAGAGGCAAUCUUUAAAAUGAAUACUGUACUUUUAAAAACUGGUCCAGCCAUCUUCUCAUGUUACAUUAAGCUAAUUUAAGAGAUCUAUAGUAAAUGUUUUGGUUUUAAUAUAAAUAUAAAGGCAGAUAAAAGAAUCAUCCAAGGUGGUUUGUAGAUAAAAGAUACAAGCAAAUGUUGGUUAUUGAAAGUGAUAAUGUGUAAAAUUUAAGCAAAUGGUUUCCCAAUGUUUACACUGUAAGCACUGAACUCAAAAGAGAGAAUGUAAUGGUAUCUUUUGUACAGUUUGCUCAUGUUUUAUAAUAGACAGUUGUGUAAAGUUUGCUGUUCCUGAGCAUGAGAACACAUAUGAACACCAUGUGCAGCUUAAACCCUGAGGUUAAUCCAAACAGUAGAAAAACAGGUUUGUCCAUCACUUUCUGGGCGUCUCCUCCAGUCACCAAAAGACAAGCAGUUUAAGCGGGAAGAUCAGUUCAAACCUGUAUAGACACAGAAGGGAAGAACUCAAAUAGUGUUUGCUUUUAACAUCAGAGUUAAUAUGACAUUUACUAGUUCUCUUCUCUCAGCUGUCAGAGCUUUUCAUGUAUGCCAACAAUAAAGAUGAAAUUAUUGUCAACUCACAUUGUA